UGAAGGACGCCGCGCUCAUCUAGUCAUUAUGGGUUAACGAUGGCCACAAUCAUGUAGUAGUCCAUGAUGAGGUAAACUUUCAAGUCCAAAAAAGUCUGGUCGACACCUGUUCUGUACCAGCCAUAUUUGGUGGGUGUUUCGUAAAUGCUUGUCUUGGUUGUUGCUCAGGAUAAGCCUUCUGUUCCACCGAUCGCGCAGUGGGGCAACACAUCUGACACAUAAUGCAUAACCGCCGGCAUGUUGUCCAUCACGUCAUGCUGUGUCGUGGCUAUUGCGUCAUGCUGUGUUGUGUUGUAUGGCGACCUUGGCGUUAUGACACUUCUAUCGCGACUCCACUGGCAGAACUGGAGAUGUUCGCAUCAACGUGUUCGCGUUUUCUCAUUAUACAAUCAAAUACGAAGAACAAACGGGGUGAACUUGUCAAUGAUUGCUAGGAAAUCAAACUCGGAAUCGAUCUUGUCAACUGAAUGUACAAACCUAAGGAUAACAGUAUUAGCUUCGUCGAAGAGUUACACGGUACAGAACGGAUCAGACAGCAGCACGCCGUGCCAGUCCAAACUUACCUUUACCUUUCUAUCCGCGCUCCAUUUACUCCCCUCGUACAACGACCGCCUCGGCGGUCCGAGUAUUUGUAUAUCCACGCGACAGGCCUACAUACAAACGAGCAGUAUCAGAAACGGCCCCGUGGAGUAGUAGACUCGUGCACCUAAAACGGCCGGCAGGAACGGCGGACCAGUGGAGUCAAACCUCCACUGGGGCAUUUGCAGAGUCGGAGACACGGUGGGGGACA